CGGAAGUGGAAUGCAGAGCCGGGCCGCGCGCUGUCAGUCACUGUGCUUCGGAGCCAGCACGGUUGUAGGACCCAUCUAGGCGGCGCGGGCGGCUCUGGGGCCUUAGGGUUCCGCGGUCCAGGGGCACCAUGGACGACAAGGAGUUAAUUGAAUACUUUAAGUCUCAGAUGAAAAAAGAUCCUGACAUGGCCUCAGCAGUAGCCGCCAUCCGGACUUUGCUGGAGUACUUGAGGAGAGAUAAAGGGGAGACACUCCAGGGCCUGAGGGCGAAUCUCACCAGUGCCAUAGAAACCCUGUGUGGCGUGGACUCCUCCGUGGCCGUGUCCUCGGGCGGGGAGCUCUUCCUGCGCUUCAUCAGCCUUACCUCCCUGGAAUACUCUGAUUACUCCAAAUGUAAAAAAAUCAUGAUCGAGCGGGGAGAGAUUUUUCUCAGGAGAACAUCACUGUCGAGAAAUAAAAUUGCAGAUCUGUGUCAUACUUUCAUCAAAGAUGGGGCGAGAAUAUUAACUCACGCCUACUCCAGAGUGGUCCUGAAAGUCUUGGAAGCAGCCGUGGGGGCCAAGAAGCGUUUCAGUGUGUACAUCACAGAGUCACAGCCUGACUUAUCAGGUAAGAAAAUGGCCAAAGCCCUGUGCCACCUCAAUGUUCCCGUCACUGUGGUCCUGGAUGCUGCUGUUGGCUACAUCAUGGAGAAAGUGGACCUUGUCAUCGUUGGUGCUGAAGGAGUUGUUGAAAACGGAGGAAUCAUUAACAAGAUUGGAACCAACCAGAUGGCCGUGUGCGCCAAAGCACAGAACAAGCCUUUUUAUGUUGUUGCAGAAAGUUUUAAGUUUGUACGGCUCUUCCCACUAAACCAGCAAGAUGUCCCAGAUAAGUUUAAGUACAAGCCAGAUACUCUGAAGUCCGCGCAGACUGGCCAGGAUCUCAAAGAGGAGCACCCGUGGGUGGACUACACCUCCCCUUCCUUAAUCACACUGCUGUUUACAGACCUGGGGGUGCUGACGCCCUCGGCAGUGAGCGAUGAACUCAUCAAGCUCUAUCUGUAACCGCCAGGUCCUCUCCUGCUGGUGCACAGCCCCUCAGUGAGCCAGGCCAAAACUGAAAUGUUUUUUAUGAAGUUUUAUGGACUAAGGACUUAAAAUCAUAAGUCUUGGAGAAUUUUUUAUUCUUUUCAGUCCCAUCUAAAAUAUGUUCAUGGUUCCCCUAAAACCCAACCUAAACUGUGCUUCCGGUCUCCAGAAAUACAAGUUAGCUUAUUGGCUCCUUGACUCAUGAAAGAUGUGCCCAGUUCCCCUCCCUUCAUCUUCCCCGCACUCCAGACUUAUUUGCCAAAACCAUCAGUGAAAGUCAUGCAGGCCUGAGAGCAGGGGUCUGAACUGCAGCCAGGCGCCCCUCCAGCAACCAACAGCCACCCAGGAUGCACGCUACACACGGUGCCAUAUGAUAAAGGCAGCAAAGGCUCGCUCAGCCUGCACCAGGCUUCCCGCGGAGAACACAAGCUGGGGGCUGUCAUUUCCGCAGAAGGAUCAAGCCAAAUGGAGUGGAAACUACCACGAGAACCCAAGGCAGGCAGAAGUGGCAUCUUUGGCAGGGGUAUCCUGCACAGCUCACCACGUACAAAGACGCCUUCCAGAAUACAUGCAAGCUUAAAUUCAGUAUCUGGGAAAGAUGUCAAUUUAAACACGUUUGGGUCCCGAACAGCUUUUUAAAGUUGUUCUUGUGAACAAUUCCGCAUCUUUUCAAAUAAAUUGUAUGAAAGGUUU